AUGGAGGGUGGCCCGGUGCAGGUGCGUCCCGGGGUCGGCGUGGGGGUGGUGAUUACCAGCCCCGCCCACCCCGACUGCGUCCUCCUGGGCAAGAGGAAAGGCGCCGUCGGGGCCGGCACCUACCAGCUUCCCGGAGGACACUUGGAAUUCGGGGAGAGCCUGGCGCAGUGCGCCCAGAGGGAGACCCUGGAGGAGGCCGCGCUGCACCUGAAGAACGUGCGCUUCGCCUCCGCGGUGAACGCGGUCAGCGCCCCGGACCGGUACCACUACGUCACCAUCCUCAUGAAGGGGGAGGUGGACACGGAGCGCGAGCCCGAGCCCAGGAACCGCGAGCCCGAGAAAAACGAGAGUUGGGAAUGGGUUAAAUGGGAAGAAUUUCCUCCACUAGAUCAACUAUUCUGGUCUUUACGCUGUUUAAAGGAACAAGGUUACAGUCCUUUUACAGAAGACUUUAAUCAUCUCAGGGGAUACACAGGAAAUCACCACUAAAUGGCAUAGUAAAUUCAUUGUAUAGUGUGUAAAAGACAGGGAUAUCUUGUGCCCUCCCCCAGCAUUCUGUCCAUGCCAAAGUCAGAAAGAUGUUGCAGUGCUUUACCAUCUUUAACAUCUAGAGUCUCUGUCACAGUCACCAUCCUUGUAUCCCAGGAAUAGAUGGGACUCCUUUUCGAGCCAUUCAAUGUUAGACAUGUUCUCAAAGUAAAAAGAUUAAACGUGCUAUCUUAUUUU